AUGUCAAAGAGAGGAGCCGCCGUGGCCGACCAGGUCGUGAAGCUCAUCGUCGGCGCCGGCCAGGCGAGUCCCAGUCCCCCCGUCGGUCCUGCGCUGGGUAGCAAGGGUGUGAAGUCGAUGGACUUUUGCAAGGAGUUCAAUGCAAGGACGGCAAACUUCAUCGUCGGCACGCCGAUGCCCUGCCGAGUCACGGUUCGCGGCGACCGCUCAUUCCACUUCGACAUCCGAACGCCGCAGACAUCGUGGCUGUUGCUGAACGCCGCCGAGGUGCCGAUUGUGCCAGUUGGCAACAAGAAGAAGAGGAAGGGCGCAUCGAACCCCGGCAAGGAGACAGUCGGCACCCUCAGCUUGAAGCACGUGUACGAGAUCGCCAAGAUCAAGCAAUCCGAGACGCGCCUGUCAGGCCUCAGCCUCGAAUCCCACUGCAGGUCCAUCAUCUACCAGUGCAGGACGAUUGGCCUCAAUGUCGUGCCAUAG